CCAAACAUACGAUUUGCAAAUACUUCCACAGUGUGGCGGGCGGACACGACACCACCUGAGACACGAAUCACAGAAACCAAAGGCGUACACAAUUUUCGCAUUGUUGUCCUUUGGCCCAAGCCCUCCCAAGGUCCAUUGUGAUAAUAAUUGACCUACGACCGGGGAGGAAUAAUCUGUGCCUGAUCUCAUGAGAUAAAUAAGAUAAAAAACCAGGACAGCACAAUGAGAGUACGAAAUUGAAAACUGGUCAUGCAUUUUAAAAGGAAAUAAUGAGAAUGUUGUCAAAUGAAUUCGCCGUUAACAGAGAAGUGCUUGGGUUCACCGCCUCUGAUAAUUAUUAGACUGAUAACAUUUCGAAGCCACGACAACAAACUUUUACAAAAGGAAGAAUAGAUGCUUUUUCAAUAAUUCAUCGAAAAUAACACAUUAAAAAUGAGGCUGCGGAAGAUAUUUGCAAUGGUUGGUGCUGCAACAGUGCUUGGAGGAUGUGUCCUCCUAUACCUGGUGCUCGACUUGACUCUUCUGCCUUCAUCAAAUCAUAACGCCCCUUUGACAAGAGAAACUCAUUCAAACUCGAGAUGGGGUAAGCAGUUUGAAUCUAGUCUAGAAAAGCUGGAGGGUGACAUCAAGAGGAAUCAGAAUAAGGUGCAAGAGAUUAAACAUGCUAUCGACACCAUCAGCAACUUUGUCAAUCAGCGUACUGAGUCUAAAGAAAUCGAUUCAAACAAAUUCCAAAAUAAUUUAGAAAGGAAUCUCUAUGCUGGUGAUGAGGCUGAAACUUGUCCAGCAACAUCAGCAGAAGCAGAUAUUAAUAUGCUUGACCUGUACAACUCGAUUCCGUUUGACAACGCUGACGGAGGGGUUUGGAAACAGGGUUGGAAUAUUGAGUACAACAAGCAGCAGUGGGGGCCUCGCAGAAAACUUAGGAUUUUCCUCAUUCCUCAUUCGCAUAAUGAUCCAGGUUGGCUGAAAACCUUCGAGGACUACUAUCACUCACAGACGCAAGCCAUCUUAACUAACUUGGUGAACAAGCUUUCGGAAGACUCUCGGCGCAAAUUCAUUUGGGCCGAAGUAUCAUACCUGAUGCUGUGGUGGUCCGAGCAAGGCCAGGAAAAUAAGGACAAGAUGCGGCGGCUCGUGGAGAGUGGACAGCUGGAAAUCGUCACCGGUGGUUGGGUGAUGAACGACGAGGCCAACUCACACUUCUGGGCUGUGGUGCAGCAGCUGACCGAGGGUCACGAGUGGCUGAUGCAGCACCUGGGCGUGCGGCCCAAACACGCGUGGGCCAUCGACCCUUUCGGCCACUCAGCCACAAACGCGUACUUGCUCAAGAAAAGUCAAAUAGCCGCCUCACUGAUCCAGCGUGUGCACUACUCUGUAAAGAAGCGGCUUGCGCAGGACAAGGGUCUUGAGUUUCGCUGGCGUCAGGGCUGGUCUAACGACAAGAGUGAUAUGCUCACCCACAUGAUGCCCUUCUACAGCUACGAUGUGCCGCACACCUGCGGCCCCGAUCCAAAGGUGUGCUGCCAGUUUGAUUUCAAGAGGCUUCCUGGGUAUGGGGUGACGUGCCCUUGGCGCAUUUCACCACAACCUAUCACCAAGGACAACGUGCGGCAGAGAGCAGAGCUUCUGCUUGACCAGUACAGGAAAAAGGCUCAGCUGUACAGAACCAAUGUGCUUCUGGUUCCGCUUGGUGAUGACUUCCGUUAUGAUCACUCGGCCGAGUGGGAUGCGCAAUUUAAUAACUACCAAGCCUUGUUUGACCAUUUGAAUUCAAGACAAGAUCUAUAUGUAGAGGCCCAGUUUGCCACCCUCAACGACUAUUUCUCAGCACUUAAAAUUGAGGUUGGAGGUGAAAAGAGACUGCCUUCACUGACAGGUGAUUUCUUCACCUAUGCUGACCGUGAUGACCAUUACUGGAGCGGCUACUUCACUUCGAGACCUUAUUACAAGCGACUGGACCGAGUGCUGAUUGGCUACUUGAGAGCUGCCGAAGUGAUCUUCUCGCUGGCUUGGUCUCACGGCAAAGCAACCAGCAGCAACGGCUCGCCGUGGCUUCUGUCGCCGCACGCUGGUCUACGAAACAAACUGACCAUUGCUAGACAAGCGAAUGCUCUGUUCCAGCAUCACGAUGGAGUCACCGGAACAGCCAAGGACCAUGUUAUGAGAGAUUAUGGAAACAAGAUGAUCAAAGCCAUUGAUUCGGUCCAGCAUGUGAUUCAAAUGAGUGCUCAGUAUUUGCUAUACAAUCAGGCCAAUCCAGAACUGGAUCCAAAUGACAUUUACUUCCACUUAGACGACACUAGGCCUAGGACUGGAGCUCUUUCAAAGAGAAACAAGAUAACCUUUGGAGAGGGAUUGGACACUAGGAAAGUUGUCCUUUUUAAUUCGCUCAACAGAGCUCGUACUGAAUUUGUGCGUCUCCGAGUUGCCAACUACAAUGUUAUGGUUACUGACCUAAGUCACCGACCACUUCCAAGCCAAGUGCAGCCUCUGUUUGACGAGAUGGCAUCGAUGGUGGAUGGCGAAUAUGAACUUCUGUUCAUUGCCACAGUGCCUCCACUCUCGCUGUCCACAUUCCUUAUUUCUUGGACAAGCAAUGCUGACGAACGGGCACCUCUGGCGUCUGUCUCUCUGGCCAACCAUCAGGGCCAGCAUAAACUGCACUCAGCUGAAGGCUUUGAGCAAAUUGGCUCUUUGCCCGAAGGCCAAAACAUCAAAGUUGAUUCCCAGCAAAUUUCAGCUAUCUUCUCAAGUCACGGAUUACUCAAAUCAGUGUCAACGCAAGGAAUUACAAUGACCAUUAAGCUUGAGUUUGUGCGGUAUGGCGCUGUCGAAGGCAGGGAACGCAGCGGCGCUUACCUCUUCCUACCUGACGGACCUGCUAAAGUUAUUAUGCUUAAGCAGGCGCCCCUUGUGCGGGUUAUUAGCGGACCGGUAGCCACCCAGAUUGAAGUUCAGCACCCUUUUGUCCUGCACCAGGCCACUGUUUAUAACUGUUCUGGUGAAGUUGGUAGCUCUAUCGAGAUGGUCAAUCUAGUAGAGCUGGUGAACGGUAAAAACAUCGAAGUCGCAAUGCGCUUGACAUCAGACAUCGAAAGUGGGGACACCUACUACACAGACCUAAACGCUUUCCAAAUGAUCGAACGGCGCCGCCAGCUGCAUAAACUGCCUCUGCAGGCGCACUACUUUCCCAUGUCGGGAAUGGCAUACAUCGAGGAUAGUGGAAUCCGUCUCUCAGUGAUUUCUGGACAGCCUUUGGGAGCUGCCUCUUUAAGCUCAGGACAGCUGGAAAUCAUGCAGGAUCGAAGACUAGCGCAAGAUGACAAUAGAGGGCUCAAUCAGGGUGUGGAGGACAAUCAUCCAACGCCAAACGUCUUCCGCCUGCUUCUCGAACGGAAGAGUUGCCAUUCGGAACAAUGGCCGCGGUCCUCCCUGGCCGCUCACUUAUCUCACCAGUCCCUCUUGUGGCCGUUGGUGCAUCUCAUCGCCGCUGGUGACCCUUUGGUGCAACUGAAGGGUUCUUUCUCUCCUGAAACGAGCUCCGAGUGUGGCCUGCAUGUGCUGAACCUGCGCACCAGCUGGCUGACAGAGCGGCCACGAGUUGGCCUUGUCAUGCAUCAACUGGCCUGGGAUGAGUGUCUGCCGCCGCCCGUGGGCCUCAGCUGCACGCCACGCAUGAGCAGCAUGCUUAAUGUCAGCGCCGUGCUACCCCUCUCCUUUGGAAGACAGAUGCAAAAGUCAUCGCUCACCUUCCUCCACACUGGCGAACAUAUGCCAACCAACACGAACCAGUCCCUGUGCCCCAACGAACUGGCCGCUUUCUUGCUUGCCUAAUCCUCAGUUUGUCUGUGAUUUAAAUAUAUUAUUUCAGAUUGUUUCAGUCGUUCACAUGCUCUGAAAAGAUAUAAAUUCUUCCCUUCAGAUGCUUUAUUUUUCUUAACCAGAUUCAGAUCACAAUCCUACGUAGGUUAGAUGAAUUUCUUUAUUUUUUGCAACAGAUAUUUAUUUACAAGAUGCCUUUAAGACAUCUAUUGAAAUCAUUCUUUGCAGCAACUCUUAAUAAUGUGCUUGGAGAAAUUUUUACUAUACAUUAUUCAAAUGUAUCAUCUUGUUGAAUAAAAAAGCUGCAAGGGCGAUUUUUAUACAAGUUUCGCCUUAUUUCAUGUAACUCCAUUGACAUAAAUAUUUAUGCAACAAGAUCCUUGGCAUUCUCACGAAAUAUUGUAAAUAAUACUCAAGUCAUAAUGUGGUGGUAAAGUAGCAAAGUUUGUGUUAGAUAUAAAUGAAUAUAUGUUGUGAAAAUAAGUUGCACUUUUUUAAACGCAACUAAUGUGUGGAUGGUUGUGAUACGGCCACAUUCCCUUAUGAAUUAUCAAUAAAAUUAUGGUAUUAAUAUUAUACAAAA